UAUGGUCAAUAUGCUUCUCGUACAACUCGGGAUAGUAGUAUAUACCUGCUUGCGCCUUCAUCUCAGCUUCAUUCAAGUUUCAACCUCGAACCGGCAACCUCACAUCUCUCCUCUCUUUCUUUCGAGUAAAUAAAACAAGAAAUCAAUCAUCAUGUGUGACGACGAUGUUGCCGCUCUUGUCAUCGACAACGGAUCCGGUAUGGUGAAGGCCGGAUUCGCCGGAGACGAUGCCCCAAGGGCUGUCUUCCCAUCCAUUGUUGGCAGGCCCCGUCACCAGGGUGUCAUGGUCGGUAUGGGACAGAAGGACAGCUACGUCGGAGACGAGGCCCAAAGCAAGAGAGGUAUCCUCACCCUGAAGUACCCCAUCGAGCACGGUAUCGUCACCAACUGGGACGAUAUGGAGAAGAUCUGGCAUCACACCUUCUACAAUGAACUCCGUGUUGCCCCAGAGGAGCACCCCGUCCUCCUUACCGAGGCUCCCCUCAACCCCAAGGCAAACAGGGAAAAGAUGACACAGAUCAUGUUCGAGACCUUCAACUCACCCGCCAUGUACGUCGCCAUCCAGGCCGUGCUUUCCCUCUAUGCCUCUGGACGUACCACUGGUAUCGUUUUCGACUCUGGUGAUGGUGUUUCACAUACUGUGCCCAUCUACGAGGGUUAUGCCCUUCCCCACGCCAUCCUCCGUCUGGACUUGGCUGGACGUGAUCUCACAGACUACCUGAUGAAGAUCCUUACCGAGCGUGGCUACUCUUUCACCACCACCGCUGAGCGUGAAAUCGUUCGUGACAUCAAGGAGAAGCUCUGCUACGUUGCUCUUGACUUUGAGCAGGAGAUGCAGACUGCUGCCUCAUCCUCCUCGCUCGAGAAGAGCUAUGAGCUUCCCGACGGACAGGUCAUCACCAUUGGCAACGAGCGAUUCCGUGCCCCAGAGGCCCUCUUCCAGCCAGCCUUCCUUGGAAUGGAAUCUGCUGGAAUCCACGAGACCUGCUACAACAGCAUCAUGAAGUGCGAUGUUGACAUCCGUAAGGAUCUGUACGCCAACACUGUUCUGUCUGGAGGCUCCACCAUGUUCCCAGGAAUCGCCGACAGGAUGCAGAAGGAGAUCACCGCCCUUGCCCCACCAACCAUGAAGAUCAAGAUCAUUGCUCCUCCAGAAAGGAAAUACUCCGUAUGGAUCGGAGGCUCCAUCCUUGCCUCUCUCUCCACCUUCCAACAGAUGUGGAUCAGCAAGCAGGAAUACGAUGAGUCCGGCCCAUCCAUCGUCCACAGGAAGUGCUUCUAAACAACUCGCUUUUGGUGAACAAACUCUUAAACAUCAAUAUCAAGGAAACGACCAUGAUCUCAAAUUGCAAAGUUUAAGUAUGAACCAUUGCGGGCAAUGCAGCCGAAAAACUCGCGCUUUCUCAAAACUUGGAGACUGCAGAGUAUAGACAAUCAUUGAUAAUAACAGUAAUGCUGUGAUUACCAAUAUCUUAAAGGUACUAUAUGUAUAAUAUAUCUUGAAGAAUAAGUGGUUGAAUUACGAAAUGGUUUAUUUCAAACUUCUGGAAAAGUUUUUUUUGGGAAAUUUUGAGGCAGUAAGAUUAAAGUUUAGUUAGAGGUGUGAUAAAUGUGCCCCUGGCAUAUUUGUUUUCUGAACACGUUUCGUAAACAAAUUUGGGAUGCCACAAUUGCCACAAAUCUUAUUUUUCAAAAUUGUUAACCUGAAUGCUAGGAAAUCCUUCAAAAAACCUUGAAAGAUUAUUUUUUCUUCAUAACUUGAACGAUCCUUAACAUUUAUAUGUUUGAAGCUCUCACAAGGUAUUGUAUAUAUUAUUUCAUAUACAAACAAAUAUGAAUUCUGCAAAUAUAUGGAUUUUGUAAAUAAAUUUA